AUGAAACCUUUCGCAGUUCUGCAGAUAUGGGCCCUGGUCGCCUUCAUUAGCUACACCUGGACUCUUGACAUUCUCGAACAAACGAGUAGCGGUCUGUCCUACGAGCUGCUCAAUGUCACCUACUUCGCCAACGCCGCCCACCCACGAACCUCGCUGGCGAUUUCAGAAGGCGACGAGGAGCUCCAAGUGAUGCCGAUGACAGUCAUCCUCACCAACCAGAGCGUCGUCACUGGCGAAGAUGUACAGACGAUUGUCUCAAGCUAUUUGGCUGACGACGACGUGCUGUCGCCGGGCUUCCUGCACACCGUCUACAUCACCUCGUCGGUCGCCAACGCCACGAUCGAUGCGACUGCUCUUCCUCCCCUCCGUGCGCUGGGAAUGCAAACAGUCUACCUCGAUGUUUAUACUUUUGAGUCCGUUCCAACUGGAUUUGUCACCGCCGAAGACGCGUCGCCCGGGGAGCUCCUGCCCGGCCCCUAUACGGCGGUGGUGGCUCCCAAUACCCUGGAGGUGCUGGACACCUAUCGACUCUAUCCCGACCCGUAUCGGACCUUCAUCACCGGGUCGUAUGCCACGGAGGACGGCAGUGGAUCCUUCCAAGCCCUGCCCCUGAUGUGCCCGCGACGCUGGGCGCCGCUGAUCCCCGUGCCCAGUCGCAUCCCCUUUCGUCACGACCCCCGACCGUUGGCUGGCGUGCGAGUGGCCGUGAAGGAUCUGUUCGACAUGCGCGGACUGCAGACGUCGGCGGGCAGUCUGGCCUGGGUCCGAAUCACCCCCGUGGCGGCCACAACAGCGCCAGCGCUGCAGCGACUGCUCGACCAGGGCGCCGUGCUGGUGGGCAAGUACAAGCUGGCGCAAUUUGCCGGCGGCGGCAGCCCCUGGACCUGGAUCGACGGCCAGUCGCCCUUCAACCCGCGCGGCGAUGGCUACCUCACCUGCGCGGCAUCCUCGACGGGCGGUGGAUGUGCGGUGGCCGCGUACGACUGGCUCGACGCCGCCGUGGGCACCGACACGGCCGUCUCGAUGCGACGACCGGCGGCGGUAUCCGGGACAUACGGCAAUCGACCGAGUCAAGGCAUGAUGGCGCUGGACGGCAUUGUGGCACAAAAUUGGGCACAGGACACGGCGGGCGUCUUUGCUCGCGAUCCCCGGCUGUGGAUUCGGUUUGCCAAAGCGUGGUAUACGCCGGACUUGCAGCAAGACUCGAACAUCACGGGCCUGUCUCCGCUCAUUGUGCCCGACAACCGGGCGUUCCCCACGCAGAUCUUGUAUCCCAAGGAGUAUUUCCCCCUAGCCAACCCGGCCGCUCAAGCGGUGGUGGACCGGUUCGUGGCCCAGAUGUCACGACAUCUCAAUCUCACCACGCGUCGCAUCAACUUCACGCAGACGGUGGCCGACGGGCUGAUCUUCGAGGGAGGCAACAACUGGGAUCGCAUCUUCAACUCGUCGUCGGUGCUCACGCUCUGGUCGCAGCAUGUGGCCGUCACGGCACCGCUCCUGACGGCGUGGGCCCAACUGGAGAAUGGUCGAUUUCCGCCGGUAGACGCACAGUGGCGACGCGAAUGGACGCAGCUAUUCGACCCCAAGACCAUCAAUCCGACAACCUACGAUCAAGCCCUUCGCGACAAGGCCCGGUCGGUCGAGUGGUUUGAGCGCAACGUGCUGCAGCAGACGGCGACCUCAUGUUCGCAGUCGGUGAUGCUCUGCCAUGCAGCCAACGGCGGUCUUCCCAGCUUUCGCGAACAGGAGCUCAACACGGGACCCAAUGCGACGCUUCUCGGGGUGGCCCCGGAUCCGACGGCCAUGCCUUGCGACCUGGUCUGUGCAUUGUUUGGAUGUGCCGACUACACAAUUCCCCUGGGCGCAGUGCCAUACUACUCGCCGGUCACCCAGGUGACGGAGCAGCUGCCGGUUAGCCUUAAUCUAGCCGUACGACGAGGCUGCGAUCUGGUGCUGUUUAAUUUAAUCGACGAGCUGGCGGCGGUUGGGAUCGUGCGGGCUGUGAAGACGGGCAGGGAGGUGUUUUGA